GAGCAACACCCCCCGUCCGCACGUCAGGCGUCGGUCGUUACCCCCCCCCCCUCCCCGGACGUCGUCAGGAUUGGACAAUUGGACAAUUGCGAAGUGUACCGCGAGUGAAAGUCGACUGCAGCUGCUGGCUGGUCAUAUUUGUGCUCGGAGAUUCGUUGAGAUGGAGCUGCCACUUCGACCAACUCUGUUUGACUUCCAUGGAGUCUCCAUGACCAAAUACUUCACCGACAACUGGGACGACAUACAAAACUUCAAAGCGAGACCAGAUGAUAUUCUUAUAGCUACCUAUCCUAAAGCAGGCACCACGUGGGUCUCUUACAUCCUGGAUCUGCUGUAUUUUGGCCAGAUGUGUCCCGAGCGUCAGACGUCCAUUCCAAUUCAAGAGAGAGUUCCCUUCCUGGAGAUCAGCAUUCCUUAUGGAGUCAAAGGUAAAGACCUCGCAGACCGUCUUCCCACCACUCCUCGUCUUAUUAAAACUCACCUACCUGUCCAGUUAGUGCCCAGGUCCUUCUGGGAGCAGAACAGCAGGAUAGUGUAUGUCGCCCGUAAUGCCAAGGACAACGCAGUUUCCUUUUUCCACUUUGACCGCAUGAACAAUAUGGAGCCAGAACCAGGCGAGUGGAGCAACUUCCUACAGAAUUUCAAGGAGGGGAAGAUGGUGUUUGGAUCGUGGUACGACCAUGUGAACGGCUGGUGGGAGAAGAAACAGACACAUUCAAAAAUUCACUACAUGUUCUAUGAAGAUCUGAUUGAGGACUGUGGACGUGAGCUGGACCAGCUCUGUUCCUUCCUUGGUUUGUCUCCCUCGGCUGAGGAGAAGGAAAGAAUCUUAACUGGAGCGAAGUUUGAUAAUAUGAAACACAACAAAAUGGCCAACUAUUCCACUGUUCAAAUAAUGGAUCACAGUGUGUCUCCUUUCAUGAGAAAAGGGAAAGUUGGUGACUGGAAGAACCACUUCACUGUGGCGCAGAAUGAAGAGUUUGAUGAAGACCACAAGAAAAAGAUGAAGAACUCCACACUGAAGUUUCGUACCGAAAUGUAGAGGCGUGGCCGGGCUGCGCAUAAUGACUCAUUAUUAUCAUUAUAAUCAAUCUUAGCUGAUGUGUGAUCAAACAACGACAAUAAUGUUGUUGAAGCUGUUUUCAGACAUCGUGUCCCUACAUUUUUCCAGUUUGCUGAGAAGAAGGCAGCAGGAGACGCAUUCAAAAAGGAUCAUUCAGGUGAGGGGUGGCGCUGUGUACAGCGUACAGCGCCCACUCGCUCGCAGUGAAUCUUCCGUCGAUUUCUCUUCUGAGAGGAAAAAUUCCGAAAUAUGGCUAGAGCAACAUUUUCGGACAUUCGGAAAAUGUACGGACUUCAGUGCCGGUCUGAAAGCAGCUUUAGUCAGGUUUAAAAUUUUUGGUGACAAUGAAAUUAUAUUAUCGUUGUGAGACACGAAUGUAUCAAAUAUCAAAGCUCGAUGAGUUUGACUUUCACUGAUUUUACUGUGACUUUUUUUAAAGGAAUUUGCUGGAAGUGGAUCCACUGUGCAGCUGCAGCUUAAGUUUCCUGACAGCAAUGUCAACAAUGAAAAAGAAACCCA